AUGCGUACGAUCGAUAUCGUAUUUGUUUUUCUGAAUAUUGCCUGGCCAACCUGGGUAUCCUGCAGUGAAGACGAAUACCGGCUGAUCCAAGAUCUUCGGACCAAUUAUGACCCUAUUGAGCGACCAGUUCGAAAUCAUUCGGAAGCGAUCCGAGUGAAUCUACGAAUUCUCCUACAACAACUUGUCGAUGUGUUAUUUGACAGUAAUCCUUAUCCCGUCUACCUUGGAACAAUGCAGUCCAUAUCUGAGAUCAAUAGGAGGCUGGCUAAAUAA